AUGCACAGGCUGUGGCACCUCGUGGAAACCGAUCUGAUAGAGACUGGACGCGUAGCAAACUUUAACGGAGGAGUGCGCUAUUUGUUACUGGCUGUUGAAUGUACAUCUCGAAAACUGUAUGUGAAACCGAUGCUAAAUAAAAUGGGUGAAACCUGCGUUGAAGCAUUCAAAGAGUUAUUGGAAAACGAGUUUGAACAGACCCCUAGCACUGUGCGUUCCGAUAGGGGCAGUGAAUAUCGAUUUAAAGGUUUCCGGAACCUCAUGAAGGAACAUGGCAUUCGCCAUCUGUUUGCUAACAACACAGAGAAGUGCUCUCCUUGCGAACGCAGCGGGCAGACGCUUCAGCGGAGGCUCCACAGAUACAUGACCCACAAAAACACCUAUGAAUUUAUGCCUGUCUUGCAGGACAUUGUGAAAAGCAUUAACGACACACCCCACAGCUCUACCGGCAUUGCCCCAAAUAAGUUUAGUGAAAAGGAUGUCUAUCCAUCAUGGGAGAAAAAUUAUCUAAAACACAUGCCGCACAUACCCGCACAGCGCCCAUUCCGCUUCAAACCGGGUGACACAGUGCGGGCAUCGCUGCAGAGACGCGGCCUCGACAAAGCCUAUCGAGGCACAUUCAGCCCGCAGAUAUUCACUGUCAAAGCUAGGAGAAGCACCCGUCCGCACAGUUACGAGCUGAACAACUCUAAAGGAGAGCCUGUCGCCGGAGUAUUCUUUGAAGAGGAACUGAUAGCCGCCAAGGACCGGCCAGACCGCCGAUACAUGAUUGAGAAGAUUAUAGACAGGCGCAUUAACCCCCAGACCAAGCGGCGGGAGGUACUGGCGACCUUUGUCGGCUGGCCGCCCACAGUGCGUGAGUGGCUCCCCGAGAACAACAGGAACAAGUGA